AUGUCUGAUCUUUCACGUUCAUCGCAUUCAAAACGCUGGGCAAACCCUGCGAAGCAAGCUUCCGCUGUUUCAGAUUAUUUAGUAGACAAUUUCAGUCGUCAACACACGUAUUUGAGAAUAUCACUAACAGAGCGCUGUAAUUUGCGGUGUACUUAUUGUAUGCCCGAGGAGGGAGUACCUCUCACGCCUUCUGCCAACUUACUGACAAAGAAUGAGAUCUUACGGUUAGCUAAACUCUUUGUAGGUCAAGGUGUCACUAAGAUUAGACUAACAGGUGGUGAGCCAACUGUUCGGUCUGAUGUUAUAGAGAUUGUCAGAAGUCUCGGACAGUUGAAAAGAGGCAAUAAAAGCAGUGAUAGGCUGAACAUACAACAACGAUACCUUAAAAGCCUUGCCAUGACAACCAACGGUGUCGCUCUUAGACGAAAAUUGCCUGCUCUCUUUAAUAAUGGUGUGGCUGGGUUGGAUACGGUCAAUAUUAGUUUAGACACCCUCAAUCCAGAUCUUUUCCAAAUCAUGACCCGCAGAAAAGGCUUUGAUAAAGUGAUGGAGAGCAUAGAGGAGGCACUUCGGUUGGGUCUUCCGCAGGUCAAAAUCAAUACUGUCGUUAUGAAAGGUGUGAAUGAUCAGGAAGAUGUGCUAAAUUUUGUUGCCUUCACUAAAGAGCAUCCCAUUAAUGUGCGCUUUAUUGAAUAUAUGCCAUUUGACGGUAAUAAAUGGAACAGAGACAGAUUGGUACCAUUUGAGGAAUUGAUACAGAAGAUUAAAUCACGAUUUGGAAGAUUAGAGAAGUUGCAAGAUGAGCCUAAUGAUACUACGAAGCAUUAUAAGAUACCAGGCUUCAAAGGAAAGAUAGGUUUUAUCACGUCUAUGACAGAUCAUUUCUGUGGGACAUGUAAUCGACUACGAAUUACUGCUGACGGCAAUAUAAAAGUAUGUUUAUUUGGAAAUACAGAAGUUUCCUUAAGAGAUAUGAUGCGGAAUGGCCGAACAGAUCAGGAGUUGCUUGAAGUUAUUGGUGCCGCUGUUAACAAGAAAAAGAAGCAACAUGCUGGUAUGUUUAAAUUGGCCUCUAGUAAAAAUAGGCCUAUGAUUCUUAUUGGAGGAUGA